AUGUUUCUCGCUCCUCAAUAUUAAAGAAGUGUAAAUUUAAUUAAUUAUUUAUUUAGCUGUUUGAUUUAAUGAAUAUAAAUGGGUUUCAUAAUAUUAUUGCAUUUUAUUCAGAAUUUAGUCACUUCAUAAAUACUUAAUAUCAUUUAUUGAAGGAUCAUAUCAAAUUAUAGAUAUUUGAAAUCAUGAAGUUUUUCUUGGAAAAUCCACUUGAUUAAUUGGAAGAAUGCUUCAAGAGCUUCCUCAGAACCUGCAUCAUCUAUCCUCACAACACAAACUACACUUUUCUACUGGAAUUCCUCAACUUUCUGUUUGAUCAACACAAACAAAUUAUAGCCAAACCAAACUUGGCCGCACUGUUAUUUUACAAAUAUCUAUUAAUUUUAAAUAUUGACGACUAUUACAAGAUUCAACAAUUCCCCCAUAAGAGAAUCAACGACCUAAUGAUAGAAAUAUGGUAACUCUACUAAUCGACGAUUUUAUCCUUUGGCAGAGAAUUGUUGAUCAAUCUCUAGAUUCCCUUUCAAUAUUCAGAAUUCAACAUCUCCAUGAUAAAUUUAAAUGUAAUCAAAUAAAAUCUGCCUAUAUCCCAUUUGAUCGCCAAUCAGACCACCACAACUGCAGCCUACAAGGCAAAUUACUAAUUGGCUUUGCCCUAUGAAGUAGAACAAAGAAUCGGAUUCGCAAUAUUUUCAUAGAUGCCCCUGGAGAGUAUGUCCACCUUUUUGACUAUGAUAUUCGAGAAAUACGGAUACCAUAUCAAUUUCAUAGGAGCAAUAGUCAGAAACAUAAUUUGUGGCUAUCAAUUCGAUGAAACGGAAAUAAUCCAAAACAAAAUUGCUGACACCUUGCUAUUGAUAUACGAGAUUGCAGAUCUGUAAGGUGAGAAAUGGCCAAUCUUCUUGAGGUUCAUCUAUUCUGACAUUUUCUUUAUGACUAAGUAAAUUGCAUUCAUGAUAUUUUAAGAGAUUUUAAGGAUGAUCACAACAUCUAAGCAGGCUUGUAUUUCUUAAGAAAACUGUACCAUAAAUAAUUAUAUAAUGAAUUGUAAGGUGCGUUGUGGUUUAUCUUCUAAACUUUCGAAGUUAACGAACAAUUGAAAAAGAAGGUCUAACCACAAUUGCUCUCCCUCAGUUCUCAUAACAUAUUCUAAAAGCUAUUGGAAGAUCAAAAUAUAAGAGAAGCAAUUAAGUGCAAAAUACACGAGUACUUUCUUAAGUUGAUCUGUAACCAAUAUCAAGGUCCUGGAGGGUUGAGUUAUGAUUAACCCCACACAGCAUUAUACACAGUCGACGAUUUGGAUACUCCUCAAGUAUAGUAUCUCAAUGGGAACACAACAAACAUUGAUGACUCAAUCUUGGAUGAAUUCUAAGGCAAUUCUAUAUCAAUCUAAUAAAAUGAUAUUAUGUUGGAAGAGGCUGAUGUUGCAAAUACAAUCUAGAUAGAUAUCACUUUGUAAAAGAUAUUAGAGAAGGAGAAGCUCGAUGCAAUAUUUUAGAAUCCUCAGCUAGAACACAAUCUAAUUAGAUUAUACACCUUCUUCAACAAAUCCAUUUAACCAGAUGUUAAACAUGUGUUUCUUCAAGAAUUGACCAAAAUUAUUAUUAGACUGUAUGAAGACUAAUUUUAUGAUCUUGAUUAUGGUAUUGCUUUUGUUAUUAUGUAGAAUAUCCUUUUAAUUGUUUAACCACAUUACUGUAGAUAAACUUUAAUUAGGACAGUUUAUUAUAUGACCUAAUAAAAAGUUUGGUUUCUUCUGAGUAAUUCAGCAUUCAUUACUUGUUUCUGGUAUACUUUGAACGCAAGACAAAAUCAGGGCAUCUAGAGAAAUUGCUUAUUUAAUCGCCAGAUCAGAUUAUAAAAUCAUUUAAGAUUAUUCAAAGUUUGAUUUCAGCUCAAAGAAGUUAAGUGAUUUUUGAAGAAGUUUUAUCAAAUAACCAGUUGAACACGAACAUCGACUUUGUUUUCAAUCUUUUAAUAAUUACCAAUAUCUAAACCAUUUAGAAAGCAUCAAAUAGAAUUUAGACUUUGUUCUGUGUUAAUUACAGUUCAAUUUUGUAUUUCUUAAAGAAAAUUCCUCAGAUUGAAAAUCUUUAGCUCUUUGGUUUUGUAGUGGACUUAAUUUAGAAGAUAAUUAAGUACAUUUAAAUUAAUUAUGUAGACUUAAUGAGAAUCAAAAGGACAUGAACAUUCUGAUUGAUCAAAUAUUUGUUAAUAUAGAAAAUCCAAGCAAAGCAUUUUGGACAGUGUUUAUAUAAGUGUUUCAAUUAUUGUUACAAUUCAAGAGGAUAUCUGAAGUAAUUAUAAUGUUGUGAAAAAUAUUAGGAAAAUUUAAUACAAUUUUUUGUUAAUUGCUUCGUAAAUUCAAAUAAGUAUUGCGAAGGCAUUGCUGAAAUAUUUUUAAUGACUCCAAAUACAUUGAAAACAUUUAUUUUCAAGGCGUUGACUAAACACUUGGAUAAGACAAAAAACUAUGAAUCAGUGGAAUUCAUAUUAAAAUAUUUGAUAAAGGACCAAAAGAAUGUCAGUUUUAAAAACUCUCUUCAAAAUAAUUUAGACAAUUAUAUGAAACAAUAAGAAAAAAAAUGA